AUGAGCAUCAACAUCGUCAAGUACACCUUCAAGUACGUGCUUGUUAACAAGCCCUCGGGAAUCGCCUGUGAAGGCUACGGUGCACAUAGCUUACUUCCUCAAGUAACCAAAUUUUUCAAGCUGCUCAGACCCGAAGCUCCAUUGGACCCCAAGCGGUUCAAAUUGGUGCAAAGGCUCGACCGUUAUGUCACUGGUGGCAUGAUAGUGUCGAGGGACGAGAAGUUCACCAAGAAGAUGAACAAGGCGUUGGCUAAGAAGGAAGCGAAUCUUCUGUUGACCAGACGGUACGUGGGUCUCUUGGGUCUUGUCUUUGACGAUAAUUCCUUGAGUAGUGGGACCAUCACGUACGAUGUGGCUUCGCUAGAACGAGAUCUGAAACGAUCGAAUGCAGACGGACAACUGCUCGUGAACCACGCUUCCAGCACCAGAUUCAAGAUCUUGCACCACCUCAAAAGAGUGCCAACUGGUCCACAGGUGCAAAAAUACCCAGAGUUGUACGAGUCCAAGGUGCUCUAUCCCAUAAUCUACGAGCUAGACACUGGCAGAAAGAACCAGUUGAGAGACCACACCCAAAAUGCUUUUGGCACCACGCUCCUCAAUGACGACGCCUUUACUCAGUUCAAAUUAUUCCUGGCAACCAAGGUCCUGGCAAAUAGCACAGCCUACAAAUCGAACCAGAUUGGUCUUCACUCCGCAUACGUAAAGUUGGUCCAGGGAGGGAAUGUGAAAGAAGAAGCUUUGAUUCCUGUGCACGUGGCUGAAGACAGAGAAUUGUGGACUGGAUUCACAGAAGAGAAUGGUGAUUUCGUGGCCGAGAUCCAGAGAGAACUAGUUGAAUUCACAAAUGAGAACGGAAAAUCAUCGUAAAAGCCAGAAAAUCGAUUUCGGACUGUUAUUUGGCACUGGGCUGAAAUAAUAGACAGUAGUGUCCGGGAUAAAGUUACAGCUUUCGCUUUCAGCCCAAUUCAAGCACGCAUCUCAAGCUUAUGAUUCUGUAUCUAUCGGUAUGAAUCAAUAAAAACUCAUUAACAUGCAUUAUUCGAGAACUUAAUAGGACUAGAAUACUAAAACAAGC